CCUCGAUGGUGACUGGAGGGUACCAUGGCAGCUUACUGGAAGAGGAUACUAGUGAUGCUGCUUGCUUGUCAAGGACUUCUAAUGACAAGUGCUUAUGAUGAAGAAGAAGAUGUACCUGAAGAAUGGCUUCUCCUUCAUGUGGUUCAAGGUCAGAUUGGUGCUGGAAACUAUAGUUACUUGAGACUAAAUCAUGAAGGGAAGAUAGUGCUUCAAAUGCAAAGUUUAAAGGGUGAUGCAGACUUGUACGUAUCUGAUAGGACACUUCAUCCCACUUUUGAUGAUUAUGAAUUACAAUCUGUAACUUGUGGCCAAGAUGUGGUUCACGUGCCAGAAUACUUCCACCGCCCAGUAGGAAUUGGGAUUUAUGGUCAUCCCUCUCAUCUGGAAAGUGAAUUUGAAAUGAAAGUAUAUUCUGAUCAAACAGCUGUCAAAUAUCCACUGGAUGCGGGCUCCUACAAUCCAGAAGAUGUGGAGAUAACCCUAAAGCAGUUUCAUUCAACAGAAGAUGAGUCUCAAGAUGAAGAAUCAGUUUUCUGGACUAUACUGAUUGCAAUACUAAAAAUAAUAGCUGAAAUCCUUUUUUGGCUUUAUGACUAAACUAGU